GGCGAGCAAGACACCUCGGAUGGGGACGCGCUCUCUCUUACAAUGGUCACGUUUGCUAUGUCGCCUAUUACGACCCCGGGAAUGCCGCCUAUGCAGGGUUCAUGAACUGCUUGUUCACCCGCGAAGAGAUCACUGAAAUGUGUCGGGGGUCUCCUGAUCCCAGUGAAGAACUCUUGGGCGACAUCAUCGAGAUUGCGACCGGGCUGCUCGUUGUGGCGCUCAGAUUUCCCGGUAUGUUUCCCAAGUGGGGGGGCAAGCAUGUCAUUGAAGCCUGCCUUUUCAUCGAUACGAGACGGCCAGCGGACAUCACUCCGGAGGAACAACAAGGCAUUGAGGAAAUCACACCACUCAUCUCGUUCAACUUCUUCGCUGACCCUGCGGACAGAGCAGACGAGGAUGGUGAGGCCGUGCAAACUCAGAUACCACAACCCGUUGAGGAACCCGAAUACCAUGCAGCACCCGAAGAGGAUCCCGCGGUUUCCAUUGCUACGGGGGAGGAGCCAGAGGAGGAAGAAGUAGAGCAGGCUGAUCCUCUGGGAGGACUCGAUGAUCUCAUCUACCUGACGAUGGUCGUCCAGUUCCGACGAGUUCAACCCGUGAAACAGUGGAGAACGAUGAGACCCUCUCUCGUGAUCGACGACCUCCUCUACCUCGUAUCCGUCCAACCACUUCCACUACUGAAGGGCAAGGAACCGCCGUCAACGUCGCGGUGGAACCGGGCUGCAACUACCAUUCAUGUUGUCGAGUUGAUUUAUGAUCAACCAUGCAUGGCCACCGAGUCGGUGCGAGCUCGUGAAGGACAAGACACGGUUCGUGGAGUGGAACUCAGAGACGUGGGCCUGGCCUCCAAUGAGGAAGUUGGCCAUUAUGUCCGACGGACUAUUGGCGAGACUGUCGCGAUUCAUCCACGACGUGGUGAUCCGCUCCCGCAGGAAUAUGAGAAUGUCUCCGAAUAUUUUCAUGCAGCCAAGGGAGUGUUUGGCGGGGAUCUGCGCGUCAUGCCUCGUCGUGGAGGAACGUUCUUAUCACGGUGUUGGGAGGGCUUCGAAUGCUUUGAGGACCUUCCGUCUCGUCACCAAAGGACCCAGAGGUUUCGUUUGCAAUUCCUCGGUAUCAAGGUCUGCCCCCUCGCUGCCCACCUCGUGUCAGGUGAACCCGGAUCGUCCCAACCUGUGAGUAUGGAGACCCAAAUCGCAGAACUCCAGAGUUCCAGAGACACCAGCUAUGAGGACUCCAACAUUUACGUGGGCGAAGACGUGUGGGUACGUCCUUGGGCCGUGCGGGGAACAAGCGGACAUUCUGUCGACCGCUACUCGGCCAUCCGCCUUGACCCGACAAAAAUUGCCUACCAUCCAACGCUCCAAGUGUACCGCAUUCCCGGAGACCCCCGAAUGCCGUUGCUUGUCCUGUACGUCCCAUCCUAUGUGCUUCUAAGCUACGGGGCAACGUUGUCCGACAAUGGGGUGUACCUGGUGUCGAGGCCGAUUCCUUUUGAGCAGGUGAGGGAUGCAUGGAUUGCCGUACCACAACCCAACCAUGCAUGGCGAUUCCGCGAAGUCCGGAAGAUCCUCAGUGAUUCCCUGGACAAUGAGAUCGUGGAGAAUGUCAAUGGCACGUACGACCCCAACGGGGCGUACUUGGACGCCACGCCUGCAAAAGUGAAGGAGAUCCUACUCAGCCUAAAUCCAGGCCCGCAUGCUUCAGAGCGCGAUCAGCUCGUUGCCGAGUUGGACGCAGGGGACACAUCAUUCAACCUCAAGCGCAGGUGUGCGGCGAUGUGCAGCAGACACUACUCGAACACAUACAACUCGGCAUCCCAACGGGAGCCACUCAAGCUACGGGUGUGUCCACAAUGCAUGCACGAAACUCCUACCAAGUUGGCCAUCUGUCACCACUGCCUCGCGAUCUUUGACUGUAUUGGGCGCAAGGAGUACAUCACCCCAACCGCAACCGUCGUCAUCCACAUGCCUGAGGUUAAUGUGGACACCUUGCAGCAGGCUCAAGCUGAGGCGGAUGCCGAAGUCGAGGCCGCUAUGGAUGCCGAACCAACUCCUGAGCCAGGAUCAGCAGACGGCUCCGAUCGCGAAACGUCACCAGAGCCCGACCCCGAAGCCCUUGAGCAUGAUGAGGAGAUGAUGGGUGAGGGCGACAGGGCCAUGGCAGCUCUCACCGUUCGUCUUUAUCCAGAGGACCAAGGACCGUACUUUGUCGCAAACUAUGAUUCCAGCCACGUCGCGGCCCAGUUCAUGGACGUCAUCUUCUGCGGGCUUAUCUAUGACUUCUGGCCGUCAUUCGCGAGGUUUUACCGGCUGCCCUAUCCGGACAUGCUUAUGCGAUUCAAGGACGGCAGCAGGCAUGAUGCGAUGGGUAAUUGGCCCAUUGUGGAGCUCGACACGAACACCGGACUGCCCCGGGAGUUGACCGAUGCGGAGAUCAUUGAGCACACCCGCCAGCCGGAGAUGAAGGAAUGGCGCCACAGGAGGUACAAGAUGCACAAAAUGCUCUCCGUCGCCGUGCGUGGAUGCAUCGCCCUCGACUAUCGCCGGGAGCACUUCAACAUCAAGGAACACCCUCGACGCACGGUGAGGGCGGAUAUGCACGUGACCUUCAAUAG